CGCACGUUAUUUCUGGGAGAAGCUCGGGGUAAUUUUUUGCUAAUCGUCAAGUGCUAGAAAAAAUAGCCAAAAUUCGAGUCAAAAACAGAGCUCCGAUUCCCAUUUUUCAAAUGGAUCACAACGAAUCGGAUUUGGACGGAAGCAUGCAGUCUAAUCUGGAAGACGAUGAUCUAAAUGACGACUUGGAAUACUACGGAUCAGAAAACGACAUUGACGAAAACGUUCAGUUAGACAGAGCGAAGAUGGAAGAUGCGUUGGAUACUAGUAGGUUGGCACGAUUCAAAAACCAAGAAGAUAUCCAAAGUGACCUACAUAAGCACAAUAAUAGACUUCGUCAAGAAAUGGCAGCAGCGGUUGAACGACAAGCACAAGCUAUAACCACUGCUGCUGGAAUUAUGUCAACUUCUUUAUCCAUGCAGUCUCUCACACCUCCAUCUUCAAUAUUCCCGGUCCCGUUCACCCAUCUACAAACAGGAAACAACUCCAUGGCUACAACCAGUCCUCCCAACACUGACUCAAAGUCUUCAUCACCAGCUAUAACUAUUCCAAGUUCUACUUCAAAUGGAGGCCAAACUUCAGAGCUAGAUCCAUCUAAAUGCACCUAUGAAGAACAGUUUAAACAGCUCUAUGAACUGAGUAGUGAUCUCAAAAGGAAGGAAUUUUUGGACGAUUUGUUUCAGUUUAUGACAAAACGAGGAACGCCAGUGAACAGGAUCCCUAUCAUGGCCAAACAGGUGCUGGAUAUUUACGAACUCUACCGUCUGGUUGUGGCGCGAGGAGGUCUGGUGGAAGUUAUUAACAAGAAAAUCUGGAGAGAAAUCACCAAAGGUCUUAAUCUUCCGUCCUCUAUUACCAGUGCAGCCUUUACACUAAGGACACAGUAUAUGAAGUAUCUCUAUCCUUACGAGUGUGAAAAAGAAAAACUCUCGGUACCAGAGGAACUUCAGGCAGCCAUUGACGGCAACAGACGCGAGGGAAGACGAUCAAGUUAUUCCCAGUACACCGAUAUGAUGGGUACGACCCGUAAUUCUUCCCAUCACCAUUAUCAUCCGCACCGAAGUCCCGCUCAUCAUCAUUCAACACCACUCAGCUUGGUCUCUAGACAAGUCAACGGCUAUGGUUCCAUUCAAGGACUAUCGUCAGAAGAGGACAGCACAAGGAUUCCAUCCACUUCUGCUAGAUUAGCGUUUCCUCAACAAGAAGCAUUGAAUCUAGAGGUUCCAAGAGUCUCUUCACCGUCCACAAGGUCAAUAGACACUGCUUCUCGCAAAAUAGUAGAAGUGCCUGAAGCGCCUCCUGCCAAACGACUACUAAGAGAAGAAGAGCGACACUUGAAUCAUGGAACGUUACCCAGUACCCAUCUGAAGAUUACCAGUAGAGAUGACGGUCGGUCUCAUCUAGACAACUCAAUGGUUGUCAGUAUGGAGAUAAACGGUGUAAUGUACCAGGGAGUUUUAUUCGCCCAGAACCACAGAAGACGGUUGUAAUGAAAUGAAAGGAAGGAGGGGUGUUGUGUUCAAUACGUGUUGAGUGCCUUGUUUCUUCGUGCUGAAAUAUAAAGUUCAAUGGUGUAUAUACUCCUCGUGUCUCCUAAUAAACUUAUGAAUUCACGUAUGGGCACUAGAUGGCGACACCAGCAAACCAGUUGACAGUUGGUGG